UGCCAAUAAACCCUAUAAAGAAGAAGAAGGAGGAAGCGAGUUAACGUUAUGGAGGCAAAAGCGAACCCUGGUAGCUAGCGUCCUACAGUCAACAAAGGCAACUUUAACCCGCUGUGGCGCUCAGCUGCAUGGAGAACAAAGCGCCUGAGCUGCUUAACGCGGUUCCUCCUUACGGACACAUGAUCUGCAGCGACAAAUGGAGAAAUUCAUCCUUCAUUCAGGGUUUGAAAGGUGGAGGUGUGAAAAUCAUCUUUGAGACUGAGCUCGGAGUGGCAGAUUUCCUCCUGCCCAACAAAAGCAGUGUCCUCUACCUCUCUGAGUGUGACAUCAUCGCAGGAAGCAGCUACAAGAGGAAGGUGGUUCGCUACAGGAACGCUGGGAGCAGCUUCCAGGAGCUGGUGUUGGUGGAGAAGACCAGACUCAGCGAGCAGUACUUCCCCGCUGUGCAGAAGUUUGUGGUGUUUGACCUCGGCCUGUCUCUGCUGCCCAUCAGCGGGCAGGCCGACGCCUCACAGCUCAUCACUCAGAUGGUUCACGGGGAGGGUCGGGAGAACCCCUUCAGGAGGAAGAGCUCGUCCCGCCUGCUGGACCCUCUGGUCCUGGCUCUGGUCCAGCAGAUCCCCGGGGUGGGAAAGGUCAAAGCUCUGGUGCUGUUGCGGCACUUCUCCAGCAUCCAGCAGCUCUGCAACGCCUCCCCCGCCGAGCUGGAGCCCAUCGUGGGCCAGGCUGGCGCUCAGCAGAUCCAUAGCUUCUUCCACAAACACACUGCUGGGACCUGAACAGCUCAGUUCAGAUUACAGUGGCCAAAAUCCAGCCUUGAGACUGAAGUUCCUGCAGCAUCGAUUCACACUGAGAGACAGCAGUCCUGGUUCCCAGAGCUGAGAUGUCUGCAUGAGGAGGCUGAAGAAACAGUUUUUACUCUGGCUUGCAGUUGCUGGUUAGGUUGAAGCAAUAAAACCUGCACGGUUAAAAUGAGGUAAAGGUUGGCGUUUGGGGGAGAAUAACCCCGUCGCAGCAGGAAUCCUGAUCCAUCUCACUAAUAGAGAAAAACCUUAGUGGAUCAGGUUUAAAUUGAUGAGUAAAUCGGAUUAUUUGACACCCCAGGAAUGAGAACAGUCACUGGACGAUCAGGGCCAUCACUCCUGAUCAGAGCCGGGUGACCAUGACCAGCACAGCAAACAGCACUUUUCACAGUGGUGCCUCAGGUCAGACACGCUCCUCAUAUUCAUCGACAUUCACAGUGUUUGCGUCCUGAGAUGUGUGAGAGCGAAGGCUUCCUGCAAACUGCCUGACGUGUGUCGCUCUAAACCAGGCGCCAGGCUGGGCUGAUGCAAGAAUUACUCGCACAUUUGUGUCUCUGAGACGACGGUUUGCAGCGCAGCCUUCAGCGUGAGCAGGAAGCGUUGGAGGCAGCGUUAACCUAACAUGUUGCCCAGUGUGUUCCCGUGUGCAGGCGCAGGGAGCACCUGCCAACUGUCACUGGCCACAGAGCUGAGCAUGAGCUAAUUCCACGACUCGGUUCAUGUGCCGAUUUUUACUCUGCAUUAU